CAUCGUCAAGUGUGAGGGCUCGUCUAGUGCGCGCUCUUCUGAGGGUCCGGCUGUAGUGCGCGCUCCGCCGCGGGUUGAUGUUCUUGUGGCCGCGGGUGCUGCUUGUGAUGGGCUGCAUUCAGAGCAUCAGAUGCAAACCCAAGAGUUUUCGGGACAGCAUCAUGGUUCUGGAGGUCAACUCCUCCAUCGACUCGAACCCCACCAGCAUCGACGAGUCCUCCAGCGUGGUGCUGCGCUACCGCACGCCGUACUUCCGCGCCUCCGCCCGGGUGCUGGUGCCGCCGGUUGCCGGCAAGGAGAGCUGGACGGUCGGCUGGAUCCAGGCGUGCAACCACAUGGAGUUCUACAACAAAUACGGAUCCAAAGGGAUGUCCAGCUGGGAGCUUCCAGACCUGCGAGAUGGUAAAAUCCAGGCCAUCAGCGACUCCGACGGCGUCAACUACCCGUGGUACGGCAACACCACCGAGACCUGCACCAUCACCGGCCCCACCAAAAAAGACACGCGCUUCACCGUCAGCAUGAACGAUAACUUCUACCCGAGCGUGACGUGGGGCGUCCCGGUGAGCGACAGCAGCGUCCCGCAGCUCAGCAGCAUCUGGAGGGACCAGAGCUUCAGCACGUGGCUGGUGGCCAUCAGUCAGAGCACAGGCGAGGUGCUGGUGCUGCAGACGGUGCGCUGGCGGAUGCGUCUGCACAUCGCCGUCGACCCAGAGAAACCGCUGGGUCAGAGAGCAGCACUGUGUGAACCCACAGCACAGGAGCCGCCGCAGAUCCUGGGAAAAAACGAAGCCAUUCCUGCGAACGCUUUGGUCAAACCCAACGCUAAUGAUGCGCAGGUGCUGAUGUGGCGCCCUCGUGUGGGAGAGCCGGUGGUGGUCAUCCCACCCAAACACUGACACACACACACACACACACAGGGGGAAAUACCACAGUGCUGCAGCGUGGAUUUACUACAGAGCGUCCAGGAAACAUUUAGUGAAUAUAGACUGAUUUAGGGAGGAGAUCUGACCCAAAGAUGAUCUAUUAAAGCACAGAGGUCAAACUCAGCUCCUGGAGGGCCGCAGCUCUGCACAGUUCAGCUUUAACCCUCAUUAAACACUCCUGAUCAAGCUCACCCAGUGCAUCAGGCUUGUUUGAGAGCUGCAGGAGUGUGUUUGAGCAGGGCUUCAAUAGAGUUUAAAUCAUUCAAAGAAGAGACUGAUCACCAAACAGCUUGAGGAAUAGAUCAGGUAUACACUGGAUUAAUCAUGCGGAGACAAACCUGCAACUAAAUUUCAUAUAUUUUUAUGAUGCUCUUGAUUUUAUUUUGCUCUUUGUUGACAUUUUAUUUAAUAGUUGUUCCUGUAGUACUUCAGGGUCGAUGUAUUCUGGAACAUCUGUGGUGCAUUUGGAAAACACUGUUAUAUUUAAUAGAUCAAAGCAUCUUUAGGAACAGAUAAAUUAUACAUCUGAAUAAAAGUGCUUCAUUUAUUUAUUUACUAAACUACCAAAUAUUACAUUACAAACUCCAAAAUUCCAGUUACA